CUCUUUCCAGAGCUGAUAUGGAAGAACAAGAUCUACCAUUCAAAACAACAGAAGCCCCAAAUAGAAGUUGCCUCUGCUCCAAAAUCUACGACCCAGUGUGCGCUUCAAACUACCAGUCAUAUUUCAAUCUAUGUUUCUUAGAAUGCAAGGUUUCAAAGACAGAUAAUGUAAGCGUAGUACAUCAAGGCAAUUGUAUACCGUUUUAG